AGGGGAUGCCAGCAGAAACUAGGAAAUGGCCCCCUACGCGACCCGGUCCAGCCAGUGGGCGGGGCUAGGGUAAAUCCACCCUCUUCCGGCUCCUUUCCCCGCCUCCCAACCCUGAGGUGUUGGGCUCGGGGUGCGGGCAGUUGGAUUUUCCAGGUUCCCUUGGGCCGGCGCCGGGUCAGGUUCAAAGCCUUCGGAACCCGCUUUGGCCUGAUUUCAGGAGGGGGGGCGGGGAGGGACCUGCGGCUUGCGGCCCCGCCCCCUUCUCCGGCUCGCCGGCGAGCGGAUAAGCCCGCCUCCUCCUUCAGCCAGCCCUGGGGCCGUGUACCCCGGGCAACUCCAGCCGAGGCCUGAGCUUCUGCCUGCAGGUGUCGGCGGCGAGGCCCUAGGGUACAGCCGGUUCGGCCCCAUGGUGGGUUUCGGGGCCAACCGGCGGGCUGGCCGCUUGCCCUCCCUUGUGCUGGUGGUGCUGCUGGUGGUGAUCGUCAUCCUUGCCUUCAACUACUGGAGCAUCUCCUCCCGCCACGUCCUGCUUCAGGAGGAGGUGGCCGAGCUACAGGGCCAGGUCCAGCGCACCGAGGUGGCCCGCGGGCGUCUGGAGAAGCGCAAUUCGGACCUCUUGCUCUUGGUGGACACGCACAAGAAACAGAUCGACCAGAAGGAGGCUGACUACGGCCGCCUCAGCAGCCGGCUGCAGGCCAGGGAGGGCCUGGGGAAGAGAUGCGAGGAUGACAAGGUUAAACUACAGAACAACAUAUCAUAUCAGAUGGCAGACAUACAUCAUUUAAAGGAGCAACUUGCUGAGCUUCGUCAGGAGUUUCUUCGACAAGAAGACCAGCUUCAGGACUAUAGGAAGAACAAUACUUACCUUGUGAAGAGAUUAGAAUAUGAAAGUUUUCAGUGUGGACAGCAGAUCAAGGAAUUAAGAGCACAACAUGAAGAAAAUAUUAAAAAGUUAGCAGACCAGUUUUUACAGGAACAACAGCAAGAGGCCCACAAGGUUCAAUCAAAAGAUGGAAAAGACUUGGGUGUAAAUGAUCAAGUAGUACCUAAAAAUAUUCCAAAAGUUGCUGAGAGUGCUGCAAAUAAGAAUGAAGAACCCUCAAACAAUCAUAUUCCACAUGGCAAAGAACAAAUCAAACGAGGUGGUGACGCAGGGAUGCCUGGAAUAGAAGAGAAUGACCUAGCAAAAAUGGAUGAUCUUCCCACUGCUUUAAAGAAGCCCCCUAUUUCAAUUUCUCAGCAGGAAAGUCAUCAAGCAAUCUCCUAUCUUCCAACUGGACAACCUAUCUCCCCAAAUAUGGCUCCAGAUUCACACAUAAACCACAAUGGAAACCCUGGUACUUCAAAACAGAAUCCUUCCAAUCCUCUUCAGCGUUUAAUUCCAGGCUCAAACUUGGAGAGUGAACCCAGAAUUCAAACAGAUACACUAAAGCAGGCUACCAAGGAUAGAGUCAGUGAUUUCCAUAAAUUGAAGCAAAGCCGAUUCUUUGAUGAGAAUGAAUCCCCUGUUGAUCCGCAGCAUGGCUCUAAACUGGCGGAUUAUAAUGGGGAUGAUGGUAACGUAGGUGAGUAUGAGGCAGACAAGCAGGCUGAGCUGGCUUACAAUGAGGAAGAAGAUGGUGAUGGUGGAGAGGAAGACGUCCAAGAUGAUGAAGAAAGAGAGCUUCAAAUGGAUCCUGCAGACUAUGGGAAGCAACGUUUCAAUGAUGUCCUUUAAGUCCUAAAGGAAAACUUCAGAAAACCUAAAGUGCUGUAAAAUGGAAUCAUUUCUACUUUGUCAUUUUGACUUUGUUGUAAAGAUCAGUGUAUCAGUUGUAAAGAUACAUUGGGAUGGAUUUAAGGAAAAACUUUAAUGAUGGAAUGUACCCAUGUACAUAUGUGAACUUUUUCAUAUUGUAUUAGCAAAGCAGAGACUUUUUUGGUUAUGAUACAGUUGAGCCAAAAACAGUUAAUCCUUGCAUUCAAAGCAAACUAAUGUAUAUUUCACAUUUUAUUGAGCCUAAUUAUUUCUACAAAUAGAUAAACAGGAGAAAGUGGUUGUACAGGUUAUGUUUCACGUAGUAACCACUGUGAGAACAGGUAUUCAGCUGAAAACUUUUUUUACACCAAUAUAUUCUUAUUAGCCCAACAGGUGUUCUGUUCUAGCUACCCCUCAUUUCAUGCUUUUCAAGGAGUUAUAACUAGAAUAGUUACAUAAAAGAGGGGCCCAUCUAGCUCUAAUAUCUCAGGAUUACAAAUUGAUUAAGUGUUCCAGUGAAAAAAAAAAAAAAGAGGGGAAACUGGAAGCCAAACUGGACAGCAUGUGUACAAAAUCACCUCCAUACUCCUUUUAUUUUACAUGAGUGCUGAUACGUUUUGGCAGAUAAGCUUUCAGCUGAGGCCUGAUGGAAGUUGAGAUAACCUGCAAAGACAUAACAAUAUUUAUAAGUUAUACCUUACUUAGUUCUUGCAAUUGUGGAAUGCAUGAUUGACAAUAUAUUUUCAAUUUUUAUUUUUUCAAGUAAUACCAGUACUGUUUAACUAUAGCCAGCACUGGCAAAACUUUUUAUAUUUUCAGAGUUGAAGUUGGUGAAGAUAUUCAUGAUUUAAAUACCAGAUCCUGAAAGUGGCUAAAUAUACUUUGAACUGAAUCUGCAAUUGGUAUUUCAAAGCUUUUCUGGUAGUUUUAGUGAUCUUAUUUGACUAGAUUUUUUUCACAAGUACUAAAUAAGGAAUUUUAACAGGUUUUUAUUAAUGCACAGAUAAAUAGAAGUACAGUGGGAUCUAUAGCUGUUUUAUUAAAAUAGCUUAAAAGUUUGUAAUAAAAACAAAUCUUUGUAAUUACUUAAUAUGUUAGUUAAGAACCCAUCAGGCUCAUAUUUGCUGGACUUAAAAAAUUCUUUAAAUGCAUUUCUUUUUGAGACUAUUCAGUAGAGUAAGCUAGCUAAUCCUUGUUUUCUGAUUUAAAGCACUUUUAAAUCUUACCCUGCUCCCCUAAAACAAAAGGUUUUGAUCUUAAGGGGAAAUUUAAGGUUGUUAACCCUGUUUUUCAGAAGGGCUACUAUUAAUUGCACAUAAACAUAAAAUGCUUCCCCCCAUACUAACAAAUUCUAAUAAAAAUUCAAACUUACAGAGGUUGUCCACUUGUUGAGGUGCAAAAAUUUUUAAGUCUUCAGUUUGAAAUUAUUCAAUGACUAGGAAAAGAUGCAGUAAUUUACUAAAAUUGUUUUUCUACCAUAUCAAAGUAAACAAUUCACACUUUUGUUAUCAGUAGGGUCAGGCCUACAAUGAAUAGGUAUGGUGGUUCACAGAAUUUUUAAAAUGGAGUUAAAGGGAAAUGAUGUACAUCUUUUGGGCAUUAGGGUGGGGAAAUAAAUCUAAAAAUACUCCUAGUAAUACUUCAUAUUUAAUACUGUAAAAUCAUUACAAAUGAAAACCAUGAAAUUACCUGACUCUAGUUCCUUUAUCAUAAAAACAAUCACUUGGUUAUAUUGUAGUAAUUACUUACACAGCAAAAUUUCUUUAGUUAGCAGCCUAGACACUUUAUAAAGUGAGAAAUCUUGGACCAAUUGAUAGUAUUUCUGACUAUUAAUAUUAUAGUGCUAUAAAAUAAUAUGUGAGUCUCAAAGUUCUGACAUUAUACAGUCCGUAUUAGACAUGCUGUUUUUAUAAUGUUUUACUUCUGCCUUAAGACUUAGGUUUUUAAAAUGUAUUUUU